AUGCCAGGAGCUCCAAGAAACUGCUCAAAGACAUACAAGGUUCCCCGACGUCCCUUUGAAAAGGAACGUAUGGAUCAGGAAUUAGUACUGAUCGGGGAAUAUGGUCUUCGAAAUAAGCGUGAAAUUUGGCGAGUAGCCUAUACCCUCUCAAACAUCCGACGUGCAGCACGUGAACUGUUAACUUUGGAUGACAAAGACCCUCGUCGUCUGUUUGAAGGAAAUGCCCUCAUUAGAAGGCUCGUAAGAAUCGGUGUGUUGGACGAGCACAAGAUGAAGCUCGAUUACGUGUUGGCGUUGAAAAUUGAAGAUUUCUUGGAAAGACGAUUACAGACGCAAGUGUUUAAGUUGGGAUUAGCAAAAUCGAUUCAUCAUGCUCGUGUCUUGAUUAGACAGCGUCAUAUCCGCGUUGGAAAGCAAAUUGUCAAUGUACCCAGUUUUAUUGUUCGUCUCGAUUCUCAGAAACAUAUUGAUUUUGCCCUUACCUCACCAUAUGGUGGUGGACGUCCAGGUCGUGUCAAGAGAAAACGUCAACGACAACCUGCUAAAGGUGACGAAGAGGAGGACGACGACGAAUAA